UCCGAUGCACAGCCAACUUCUCAGUUCACCUGAAAAUAGGUGUGCGUCUGCAGUCGGGGUAUAGUGUAUUUAAGGGUAUAUUAGAUAGUAAAAUCAAAGGAUUUAUUAAGAUGGAACCCUAUGACGUUAUCGUAAAUCAACCGGUUGUAAUAGACAAUGGUUCCGGUGUAAUAAAAGCGGGAUUUGCUGGUGGUCAGGUACCAAAAUGCAGAUUUCCAAAUUACAUCGGAAGGCCAAAACAUGUUCGUGUGAUGGCUGGUGCUUUGGAAGGAGACCUUUUCGUUGGUCCGAUAGCGGAGGAGCACAGAGGUCUUUUGUCCCUGAGUUAUCCAAUGGAACAUGGUAUUGUAACAGACUGGAAUGAUAUGGAAAGAAUUUGGUCAUACGUCUACAGCAAAGACCAGUUAGCAACUUUUAGUGAAGAACAUCCGGUACUUUUAACUGAGGCACCAUUGAACCCCAGGAAAAAUAGAGAAAAGGCUGCUGAAAUAUUCUUUGAGACGUUCAAUGUUCCUGCUCUAUUCGUCUCGAUGCAGGCAGUACUUAGUUUAUACGCCACAGGCAGAACAACUGGAGUUGUUUUGGAUGCAGGCGAUGGUGUAACUCAUGCUGUUCCAAUAUACGAAGGUUUUGCAAUGCCACACAGUAUAAUGCGAGUUGAUAUAGCUGGUAGAGACAUUAGCAGGUACCUUAGAUUACUCCUACGCAAAGAGGGUAUCAACUUCAAGACUUCGGCAGAGUUUGAAAUUGUCAGAACCAUUAAAGAGAGGUCUUGCUACUUGGCAGGAAAUCCACAAAAGGAAGAGACUGUUGAAACGGAAAAAUUCCAGUACACUCUACCAGAUGGAAGUAAUCUAGAGAUUGGACCAGCCAGAUUCAGGGCUCCAGAGGUACUUUUCAGACCAGAUCUCAUUGGUGAGGAAUGUGAAGGGCUUCAUGAGGUUCUUAUGUAUUCGAUUCAGAAGUCCGACUUGGAUCUGAGGAAGGUUCUUUAUCAGAAUAUCGUGCUCUCAGGAGGAUCGACACUUUUCCGAGGAUUUGGAGACAGGUUACUAUCGGAAAUUCGCAAACUGUCGCCAAAAGAUAUCAAAAUCAGGAUAUCUGCGCCACAGGAAAGACUGUACAGUACCUGGAUUGGAGGUUCGAUUUUAGCUUCACUGGAUACGUUUAAAAAGAUGUGGGUCAGCAAACAAGAAUAUGAUCAAGAAGGGAGUAGAGCAAUUCAUCGUAAAACAUUUUGAGCCUAAUUUUAAACAAUAACCAAUUUGAUAACGAAACGAAAAUGGAUAAAAGAAAUGAAAAGGAGAAAGUGGAGAUAUAAGCACUGGCAAUAUACCGCUUGGUGAUGCAUUAACCGGCUAAUUUUUUUUUUACGAACAAUUUUCUUUGAAUUGAUGUAACGUGGGCAAAGAAUAUUAAUUCUUCUUCUUUUUAUUAUUAUAUUUCUAACUGUAGAUAAUUAUUUUAAGAAGAAUCUGUAACUGUAGGCUUAAAAUCAUGCACAGUACGACAAAAAAUAUCAUUCUCAGUUUACCUGAUCAAAAACAAGUUCAUCGGAUCUAUGCACAUUUAGUCUAUACGUUUUAUAAAAAAAAAUAAUUUCCCUCGAAUUUCUCAACGAACUUGGAGAACAAUUUGUCACUCAUGAUAAUGAUGGAAACUCAGUCUAUCACCUUAUAGGUCUUUGAUGAAUACCUCCAGCUAUUUAAUUAACAAACUAGAAAUUUUUGCAAAAAAUUAGAGAAAAAAAGAAUUUCAAGUUUUUGUAAAUAUGUACACGCUUUCGUAAAAUAAAAAAUCAUAAAACUGCACAAAUUUUACCAAAUGUUGGAACAAUGAUUAUGUGAUUCGACAAAUUUUGCAAACUUUUUGUAAUGACAGCAUGAAAAAAGCUGGGCAACGUAGUGAAGUUCACACUAGACUAUAUUUCAAUUUUGGGAGAAAUUAGUGGGCAGCAGCUUUUAUGAUUAACAAUCAUUUAGUACGGAAAUGCUCGUCACAGAAGGUGUUGAACGAAAAAACUCGUGCUAUACUUCCAAGCUGUCAGAAUGAAACUAUAUAUAAAUCAGAUUGAAGUACUACUCGAGAUUUAUAUCACGAACUUGAUGCAAGUACAACUAAAAAAAGGAGAAAAAAAAAGAAAAACUCAAUAAAUAAAAAUAAAUGAACUAGAACUCUAGCGUGAGUGUCGCAAAAGCUGAGAUGCAUUAAUAUUAUAUUAGGACGAGUAAUUUCAGCAGCUUCUAACAUAUAUUAUUUGAUUAUUUAUCUUUAAUAUUUAUACUGUCUAAUAUGAAUCUAGUAUGAUUAUUCGGAUCGAAAAAUAAAAGACGUCGAUGAAAGAAUUCAA